GCAAGUCUUAUAAAAGAAAAGCUCAAAAUUAAAUAUAUGUAUUGAUACAAAUACAACAAGUACACAAAUAUUUGUUAAUGGUUUAUUUUUGUAACCUUAGCAUUUUACUUAUUUACUAAAUUUAGGAUGUGACCGUACUUUUAGACAUGGUCUUCAACACUACAGAGAAGAUAAACUCAUCAUCCAGUGACCCAAAGAAACAAGCGUCAGAUGUGUUAAAAGUCAGUGAGAAACUUGUGUCAAUGUUGGUGAAACCAACCAACACCUAUGACAAUGUCAACUUCACUCGUGCUGCUGUAGAGGCACAAAUCUUCAUGGUUGGACCGAAUGUCACCUUAGAUAAAAUCCCUCAGCUCAGCACAACAAAUGCUUCAAUAGACAUUGAUCUCAUUGGGAUCGCCAAGAACAAUCUUCAUACAAUAUCAGCAGCUGUUGCUUUCAUGAGCUACAACAAUAUGGAGGACCUACUAAAACCAAACUUCUUCAACACAUCGGAUAACACAGUUAAAACCAUGAUGUCCACUGUCAUCACUGCUACUCUUCCUAAAACCACAAACACAACCCUCACCAAACCAGUCAACUUCACCCUCCAACACAUCAGAGAGUUUGUAUCCGGAGGAAAUCUUUCCUGUGUAUACUGGAACAUCAGUGAGUGGAUUGUAGAUGGUUGCUCUCUUGUAAAGACCAACAGCAACUACACAGUGUGUUCAUGUCUUCAUCUGUCAACAUUCGCUCUUAUUAUGGAAACCAGCAGAAUCCCAACAAAGGAUGAUCCUCUGAUGGAGUUGGUGAAUUUGGUGGCUGUGAUCGUGGGUUUGGUGUUUACUAGUUUGGCUCUAUUGACUUUUGCUUUCUGUCGAUGGAAAUCUGGAGUGAACAAUGUAGCUCGAAUCAACCUCUGCAUCAGUCUGCUGUCUGCUCAUCUUCUGUUCUUACUCACACAACGCUUCCUGACUCUCAUAAAACCUCACAAGGAGUUGUGUGCUGUGAUAUCAGGAGCUCUUCACUUCUUCUUUCUCUCCUGCUUUGUGUGGAUGUUCAUUGAAGCUGUGCUGCUCUUCAUCUGUGUGAAGAACCUAUCAGAGAUCAGCUCCAAACAGAGGGCGGUGCUUAACAGUGGAUUCUUGAUUGUGAUUGGAUAUGUGAUUGCUUUUGUUAUAGUGGGCCUGUCUGUUGGACUGGUUCCUGAAGCCUAUGGGAGUGAACAAUGCUGGAUUAAACAGGAGAAAGGCUUUAUCUGGAGUUUUCUGGGACCUGUUUGCUUCAUUCUUGCAAUAAACAUGAUUCUCUUCAUCAAUAUCAUCAUCAGUCUGAACUCAACUCUCAAAAAGCUCAACGCUGAAGUUUCACGGAUGAAACAAACCAAGAUUAUGGUUUUUAAAACUCUGGCCCAGUUUGUGAUUCUUGGUUGUCCCUGGAUUCUGGGUUUCUUCACUGAGAACAAUCAGAUGAUGGAGAUUCUCUUCCUGAUCCUGAACUCACAGCAAGGAACCUUCAUAUUUCUGGUCUACUGUGUCCUCAGUGAUGAGGUAAGACAGCAGUGGAUGAGAGCUCUCCUCCCUUCACUUAAAUCCAGAACCAUCAAAAGUGCCCCCUCAAAAAAACACUGGGAACAAGACUGAAUGAAUGACUUAAUUCAUUUAAAGCUGCAAUAUUUAACGUUUGCCUCUCUAUCAUCAUCUCUGAUUAAAACAUAAAUUAGACUGAAGUUGUGCAACUGUUAUAAACACUGUCUUGAAGUCUAUCUACUUACUCAGUAACUGAUUUUUUUAUAAUUUUAAUCAAAACGAUGUUGGAUGGCAUCUUUCAAUAAAACAUGUCACAUAUUCUCUUUUGAAUAAACAUUUUUAUGUAAGUGAUAUUUUACAGCUGUCAGUAGUUUUAUUAAUUUUUUUCUGGGUGGGUGUUGUCAUGAACUUUUAUGUUACUUUUUAAAUUGUCUCUAUUAUCCUACUUAAAUAUUUAGUCUGAGGUACAACACAGUUUUAGGAAAUUUAAAAUUACGAGCUGUGGUGGUAUUGAUGUACAAUGGUAGAUUAAAUAAAAUGUUCAGCCAUUGUUACACAUUUCUAAAAUAAAUAUAUAUUGCAUAUUCAUUUUAUUCUCUAUUUUAUGUGUAAUGAU